CUCAGUAACUUGUCCAGGAGUGGUGCUGAAAGACAAGGAGGACAUCUAUCUUAGCAUCUGUGUGUUUGGCCAAUACAAAAAGACACAAUGUGUCCCAGCCACUUUUCCACUGGUUUUCAAUGCCAGAAUGGUGUUUGAAAAGGUGUUCCCUGAAGCAGUAGACCCUGGAGAUGUGGUUGCACAGCUUGAAUAUGAUACAGCAGUAUUCGAGUUGAUACAACUAGUUCCACCAGUGGGUGAAACACUGUCUACAUAUGAUGAAAAUACACGAGAUUUCAUGUUCCCGGGUCCAAACCAAAUGUCUGGACACCAUGAUUCAAACCGCCAGGUUACCAUGAGGAGAAUUUCAGGCCUUCGAGGAAUUGCUCCAAAGCUGGAAUUUUCUACAACUUCAGUGAUUACUGAAUGUCUGAUAAGUUCAAGGAAGUGCCGCACUCAGGAUAAAUUUAUUUACCAUUCGGCUCCAGUUGAAAAAUCACACAGCAGACUGCAAGGCAAAACACCAAGAUCACAAAAGAAAAAAUCCAAGUCACCUGAGAGAAGUAAAUAUUGUAUAAAUGCAAAAAACUACGAACAGCCUACAAUUUCUUCAAAAUCACACUCUCCAUCUCCCUAUACCAAAAGACGCAUGUGUGAGCUAUCUGAAGAUACCAGGCAGCGGCUGGCCCAUUUAAAUCUGGGACCCUAUGAAUUCAAAAAAGAAACAGAUAAGCCUCCAUUUGUAAUUAGACAUGUUGAUCCCCCAAGUCCCAGGACUGAAACUGUUUUUGGAUCUUCCAGCAGAGACUGUGAAAGAGAUGGAUGGUCAAGGAUGCACAAUGAUCAUUCUCAUCUUGGCUGCUACCGACCCAAGGAUUAUAAGGUUAUCAGGACAUCCCAUGGGAGAGACUUGGAUGACUCUAUAGAAAGAUGUGAAGAAUAUUUGAGCCCAAGAUCAUGUAGCAAGCCCCGACAUUCUGCAAGGACCUUACUAGUUCAUUCAGCACCUUCAACAAUGCCAAAGCAUUCUCCAAGCCCUGUGUUAAACAGAGCUUCUCUCAGGGAAAGGUUUCAUUCUGAUUGGUGUUCACCUUCAAACUGUGAUGAGAUCCAUGACCGGGAUGAGAGAGAUCUAGAGAAAGACGAUGAACUGGAAAUGAAACGAGGUCUUUUAUACAGAGACUCUGCCUAUGACAGUGAUCCCGAGUAUAGCUCAUUUCAGCAGCCACAUGGUCCUCUCAAUUUGGAUGACAGCGAAUACUGGUCCAACAGCGCAGCCUCUUAUAAGGAAAAAUCCCACCGACCCAUCUUUGAGAACAGCAUGGACAAGAUGUACAGGAACUUAUACAAAAAGGCCUGUAGUUCUGCUUCUCAUACACAGGAAAGCUUCUGAGACCAUUCACGAUAAACUGUAUAAGUGUCCAUGUAACUUCUCAAUGAAAACAUUUGAUGUGAUCAAUAUCUGUAUUUCUUUUCUUUAAACAGGUGAUUACAAUUGACUAUAGUAGUUAGACUUAAAUAAGUUUGCUACUUCAAAUGGUAUAUUACCAUAGGCAAGUAUUUCUUUUUUAUUACAGAAGAAUGUGCUAUGUUCCAAAUUUCAAAGCUCUGUGAUGUAAUCACAACGUUCAACAUAUGACAAAGAUAUUCUGUUACAAUUAUCUAUUAUCACCAUCUAAAAAUUCAAGAAUAGCCUCUCUCUAAAAUUGUUCUUCUACCUUACUCAUCUUGUAAUUUUCUUUUCAUCUACUUUACUGCUUAUCUUGUCUAUGUGGAUUUAAUUAAUAUUAACUUCCUUAUUUUUUGGUAAUGAGCAACAAGAUAAUACUAUACAGAAAUAAAUUUCCCAAGAGUGUUAACCCUGUUUUAAGUAGAAUUUUCUACUUUUUUCUUUCUCAGAAAAGGCUAUUAUAUAAGAUUUCUUUUUAAAGCAUGUACGGUCAUUCACUUUUUUUUCUGGAAGAAAUACUUAUCCUAAAAUAUAUAAUAAAUAGCUAGAAAUAGCAGUGGCUGUGGAUGAUGCAAAAUGUGCACAACUAAUUUUUAAGAUAUAAUUAUUACAUGAUUUUUUCCCCUAAGGCCAUAAUUUUGGUGCAAAGAGAAUCAGAAAAUAGCCUUUUUAGUAAGCGUAUAAAAAUUCAAAAAGAAUAAGGGAAUUAUAUUGUAAUUUGAUCUCUUUGGAAUUUAUGUAGGUAACAUAUGGCCCAAGGAAGUAGUACCCUCAC